AUGUCAGAUGACGAAGAUUUGGUUUAUGUCAAAAAACAGAAGACUGUUCAUUAUGGAUCUCUUGAAGAAGUGGAGCGUGCUAGAUUGGCCGUUGUGGCUGAAUCUUCAGAAGAGGAGAAAGAUGUUGCGAAUUUGGGAGAUAAUGUCAGUGCUGCUGCUACUUUGGGAAACAUUCAUAUAUCAAAUGAAUAUAUGGAGCUUGAAGAUGAAAUGUCUAAAGAUAGACAAGCUCUCUUAGAAGAAUUUGAACGUAGAAAGAAAGCCCGUCAAAUUAAUGUGUCUACCGAUGAUUCAGAAGUAAAGAAAAAUUUAAGACAAUUAGGAGAACCUAUUUGUUUAUUUGGUGAAGGACCCGCAGAUAGGAGAACAAGAUUAAGAGAAUUAUUGGCUAACUUGGGAGAAGAUGCAAUAAAAAAAAAGCAUGAAGAUGAGGAUAAGCCUUCUCAUCCAAUUGAGAGAGAUACAGAAACAACAUGGUAUCAUGAGGGACCAGAGUCACUUCAAAUAGCACGUUCUUGGAUCGCCACAUAUUCAUUACCCAGAGCAAAGGCUAGAUUGGACAAAGCAAGGCAAGAUUUAGAGCUGCCAACAGCUACACGUACAGCACGUCGUCAAGAGCUUCUGAAAAAAUUACAAGCAUUAACAAUUUACUGUUCUCAAAUCGGGGAUACUAGGCCAAUUUCUUUCUGUCAGUUCAGUCCAAAUUCCAAAGUGCUCGCUACAGCUUCAUGGUCAGGCUUGUGUAAAUUAUGGUCUGUACCUGACUGUACUUUGUUAAGAACACUUAAAGGACAUACUUGUAAUGUUGGCUGCAUUGUUUUUCAUCCAAAAGCUACUAUUACUGAAGAGGUGGUUGGAGAGAGAAUUGGACAGACUUGUGUGUUAGCAUCCUGUGCUUCGGAUGGAACAGUAAAAUUGUGGAGUGGUGGAUCUGGAGAGGAACCUUUAGCUGAGGUCGAAGGACAUGAACCACAUAGAGUUUCAAGAUUAGCAUUUCAUCCAUCUGGUAGAUUUCUUGGAACUUGUUGUUAUGACGCAUCUUGGCGACUUUGGGACUUGGAACAACAAGCAGAAGUCUUACAUCAAGAGGGUCACGCCAGAGCUGUCCAUUGCAUUAACUUUCAGGGCGACGGUAGUGUAAGUGCCACAGGUGGUCACGACUCUUUCGGUCGAGUGUGGGACCUUCGUACAGGACGAUGCAUUAUGUUUAUGGAGGGACACUUGAAAUCUAUUUUCGGUAUCGACUUUUCUCCGAAUGGAUUUCAUAUAGCAACAGCGAGCGAAGAUAACACUUGUAAAAUAUGGGACUUGCGAAAGAGAUCUUGCGUGUAUACAAUACCCGCACACACAAAUUUAUUGUCAGAUGUGAAAUACCAAAGGAUAGAAGGACAGUACCUGGUCACAGCAUCGUAUGACAAUACUGCUAAAAUAUGGUCAAAUAAAACCUGGCAACCACUUAAAACGUUACCAGGUCACGAUGGUAAAGUUAUGUCCGUCGAUAUUUCCUCUGAUCAUAAAUUCAUCGGCACCAGUUCUUAUGACCGAACGUUCAAAUUGUGGGCUCCAGAAAACAUGUAAAAUGUCUUGCUCAAAUAAAAAUUAAUUUAAAAGGAAGACUUCAAGAAGACUACUUUGAUGACGCAUACAAGAAGACUUCAUUUUUAUACCAAAAGAGAAGUAAUAAACAUAUAUUCUUUAUUAUUUGUUUUUCAAAUAUUAUUAUACUAUGUCAUUUCAUAUUAUCAUAUUAUUUAAUUUCAAAUUAUUUCGUUAACGUUUGGUUUUUUUAUAGUUUAAAAGAAGAAGCAGGCAUUUGAAAGCUUGUUAUAAAUUAAGCUCUCAUCUCUUUCAAUUGAAUCAUGAAACACAGAAAUCGAUUGUCUCUUGUCAAAUCCGUUCGAAAUGCGUUUUGUUUAAAUAUUUCUCUGAGUAGCUUAUGGGAAUGGCUUAAAUUAAAAUUAAAAUUUGUACGAAUUGGUUCGUUCAAAUCUCUCGAUCCUAAUGAGCCUUCGGUUUUAAUGAAGUAAGAACAUAGUCUUCUUUUUGAUUUUCCUUUUCAAAAAUAGUGCCAAUCCUUGGUCGUACCAUAAACUUGAGCACCAUUCGAAAACUUUCGAACAAGUUAUUUUGCGACCAUGAUGUAGAGAACAGUCGUUAACGAAGAUAAACACUUGUCUUCAAUCUUAUAGAUUAAAUAAAAUUUAUAGAUUUUAUAAACGUCUAAUCGUACAAAAUAUUCCCUAUCGACAAUAGUAGUAGCGAUUUAUAGGUUUUUGAACUACUUGUAAAAUUAUUCUUGUAAUUGAAGAGAUUGAACUCUGUACUUAGUUUGUUGUCCGAUUAUAGUUUACGUCAUUGUCGAUAAACAAUUAUACGCAAUUCAUGAGAUAUUCCUGCUUGUUUAUGUUCAACGAUUUUUACAUAUUUUUAUCGAUUUUUAUUCUUAUAUCUGCUAAAUGAUUUGCAGCAUCAUUAAUGAAAUUUAGAAAGUUCUUAAUUAGUGUCUCUAUUUAUGCUUGAGGUAACUUGAAAGUUUUUAAUUUGAUAGUCAACUGAGGAGUUGCAAAUAUAAUCGUAUGACUUAACUUUUGCAAUAACCAAAGUAACUGUGAACAAGAAGGUCACUUUUACUUUGUUAACUUUUUAGAGUAACAAUCAGAUGCUUUUUGGCUAAUAAGAAUUCAUAUUAUAAGAAAUUGCCUUCUUUGAUAUAAGAAAUUCUUUUUGACACAGUUUUUUUAGUUAGAAGGAAAAAUUACGAAGUGAUAAAAUUUAAGACGUAAGUACAAAUUGAUCGACGAUGUAUUUGUACAAUUUUAAAUUAAUCAUAUACGAUACAUUGCUUUUAUUUGUUUCUGUUUAUUUGUUUGUGAUUUGUUUGUGAUUUAACAUGCUUUGGCUCGUGGGAAGAUGGGACAAAACUAUGUCGCGGUAGACAGUAAUAUAUUUUGCUAUAAUUUCAUUUAGGGCAAUAAUUCUUACGAAUGCUAUUUACUUUAAAACAAAACUAGAUAUUCACUAA